AGCUGUUUUACAUUGGUUGAAGCAAUCGCGAUAAACAUGGAAAUGGUCUCCAAUGGUGAUAUGAUAUGUAGCUGCAGCAGAUUAUAGCCUGCAUCAUGGAAGAAAAACAAAUGUAGCCACGGGUUGCAAAAGCGAUGCGAGUUUUGCGUGCACGCGUAUCAUUGAAUGAAGCCUGUCUACAGUAUGAAUUUGAUAUUUACAGUGGAGGCAAUUUAGCUGUCUGUCAAUUGGGCUGCUAGCUAGUGAAGGGCCAUGUUAGCUCGAUGCUAACUCGUUUAUUGUAUAGUUGAGGUUAGGAAUCAGGCUAGUUGACGCUACCAAUUUCACACAUCCAAAAUAAUAGUGGAACAUCUGCGUAUUAUCAAUGCCUUUCUGAAGAAAGAAGAAAUAGCUAGCUAAACCAGCUAGCAUCUGAGAAGGUAUUGGAUUCAUAUUUCACCCAAUUUCCUCCAUUUGAAGAAAAGCAAACUGGCUGAGAUGGAUGAACAAAGUGUUGAGAGUAUUGCGGAGGUGUUCCGCUGUUUCAUCUGUAUGGAGAAGCUGAGGGAUGCUCGGCUCUGCCCCCACUGCUCCAAACUCUGCUGCUUCAGCUGCAUACGGCGCUGGUUGACUGAGCAGAGAGCCCAAUGCCCACACUGUCGGGCACCACUGCAGCUGCGGGAGUUGGUGAACUGCCGCUGGGCUGAAGAGGUUACCCAGCAGCUGGACACCCUGCAGCUCUGCAAUCUCUCCAAACACGAGGAGAACGACAAGGACAAGUGUGAGAACCACCAUGAGAAACUCAGUGUGUUCUGCUGGACCUGUAAGAAGUGCAUCUGCCACCAAUGUGCUCUGUGGGGAGGCAUGCAUGGCGGCCACACCUUCAAGCCUCUGGCUGAGAUCUACGAGCAGCACGUGUCCAAGGUGAACGAGGAGGUGGCCAAGCUCCGCCGCCGCCUCAUGGAGCUCAUCAGCUUGGUGCAGGAGGUGGAGAGGAACGUGGAAGCAGUGCGAGGGGCCAAAGACGAGCGAGUGCGAGAGAUUCGUAAUGCAGUAGAGAUGAUGAUUGCUCGUCUCGACAACCAGCUGAAAAACAAACUCAUCACCCUCAUGGGUCAGAAGACCUCCCUCACCCAAGAGACUGAGCUACUGGAGUCUCUCCUGCAGGAGGUGGAACAUCAGCUGCGCUCCUGCAGUAAGAGCGAGUUGAUCUCCAAGAGCCCAGAGAUCCUGCUGAUGUUCCAGCAGGUUCACCGCAAGCCCAUGCAGUCCUUUGUCACCACUCCAGUCCCCCCCGACUUCACCAGUGAGCUGGUUCCUGCCUAUGACUCAAGCACUUUUGUUCUGGCCAACUUCAGCACCCUGAGACAGAGGGCAGAUCCCGUCUAUAGCCCCCCACUCCAGAUAUCUGGCAUCUGCUGGAGACUCAAGGUUUAUCCAGAUGGCAACGGUGUGGUGCGCGGCAACUAUCUGUCCGUUUUCUUGGAACUAUCUGCAGGACUCCCUGAAACGUCAAAAUAUGAGUACCGUGUGGAGAUGGUCCAUCAGGCCUCCAGCGACCCCACUAAGAACAUCAUCAGGGAGUUUGCAUCAGACUUUGAGGUGGGGGAGUGCUGGGGCUACAAUCGCUUCUUCAGACUUGACCUGUUGGCCAGCGAGGGCUACCUCAACAUGCAGACUGACACCCUGGUCCUCAGGUAUCAGGUGCGUUCGCCCACCUUCUUCCAGAAGUGCAGAGACCAGUACUGGUACAUCAGCCAGCUGGAGUCAGCCCAGUCCAGCUACAUCCAGCAGAUCAACAACCUCAAAGAGAGGCUGGCCAUUGAGCUGUUCCGUAGGCAAAAGUCUCGCAGCUCGUCCCCUCCUGACCGGCGCCUGGGCACCUCGACCUCGGAGAGAGACUCCCGCUCAGGGAAAGGUCCCGUGGCUGAGGAUGGCUGCCAGACCACUGCCACUGAGACCAAAGUGGAAGAGGAGGAGGAGGAGAAGACCCAGCACGAUGACUCCAAUGAGCUGUCUGAUGGGGACUUGGAAGUGGACUGUCUGACGGGGGACGAGGAGGUGAACCCUCUGGACGGUAGCAGCACCUCAGGCAGCUCCACGGCAACGAGCAACACAGAGGAGAACGACAUCGACGAGGAGACCAUGUCUGGGGAGAAUGAUGUGGAGUUCAGUGGGAACCUGGAGAUGGAGGAGGGAGAACUGCCUGACGAUGUGGCAGGGGCAGCAGGAGGCUCUAACCAUGGGGCCAGGUGUCUGAGGCGUGGUGGAGGUCUCUCCUCCGCUGGCAGCAACAACAGUCUGCUGGAGAUUGACCCAGUCAUCCUCAUCCAGCUAUUGGACCUCAAGGAACACAGCAACGUGGAGUCACUAUGGGGCCUUCAGCCCAGACCUCCUGCUUCCCUGUUGCACAGCCAAGUCCAAGUCCACUCCAGAAAGGAGCGGGGCGAGCGCCGGCCUCAGGCAGUGAGGAGGGGAGCCCCAGACUCAGGGGUCCUGAUCCGGCUCAAGGCCCAGAUGGCUGAGGUGCGCAGUAAGAUGACGGAUGUCAAGUUUCAGCUGGAGGCGCGGGGGGAGGCCAGGGUAGGACCCUCUGGAAGAGCCACAGGGGAACAGGGGCCCUCUUACCACGCAGACUCAGACCUAGGGCCCAGCAGAAAGUCCACAGAGCUGGAUCUGAUCGGGAAAGGACCUGGGGCCUCCAGACACUGUCGCUCUGGAGGGAAGAAGGCCUUGUCUCCCAAGCAGGAGGGCAGCAGGCUGGGCCUGAGAAGAGCUACAGACGGAGUGGAGAAGGAGUCAAGAAGCCAGAGCGGUGAAGAGUUGUCCAGUGAUCAAAGCCUCUUCCCCAGGGACACCCCCAAUGGAUCAGAAGGAGCCCUGAAGCCACACAGCGUGCACAGCUCCCCUCCUUCUCUGGGCAGCUCAUCGUCAUGCUACGACAGCAAGCCCUGCAUUUCCAAACACGACCAGGAGCAGCUCUACGGGGCUGACCUGUACGCUCCGGGGGGCCUCAACGGCAUCUCCACCUCCACCAUAGCACGACCCAGGACCCAGCCCAUGGGGUCCGGCCUGCUGACGGACAGCUCUCUGGACUGUGACUUGGAGGAGACGGCUGAGGUCCGCCAGUCACUGCUCUCCCUGGCAGAGGGACCCUCUUCACGCCCUGAUGAAAGUGAGCCGUACUGCUCUAACCCCCCUCUUCCUCUACCUCGACCCUCCUCUAUGGAGGAAUGCUAUUGUGACGGCAGUCAUCUUGUCCAUAAGCAGACGGUGGUGCUGCUGCCAGGUAUGAGCAGUGACAGUGAGAUCGACUGUGACACGGAGAACGAAGAUGAGGUGGUAGCCCUGGAGGCUGGAGACUGUCGCUAUGAUGCCCAGGCACUGCCCUGUGCAGGGGCCCAGUUGAACUCUGACGACCUGUGCUUCACCACAGGAGAGAACACAGAGAGGUGAUUCCCCUCCAACAUGGCCUCCACAGCCGGUCUAAACAGUGGCCAUCGCCAUAUGGGCACUGGAGAGCAGUGUAUAUAACUUUUUAAUGUACACAAGCACUUGUGUAGACACUUGCAUGCAGUCAUUCUAGUCACCGGCAACCCCAAAUGCAAUGAGAAUGCUACAACUCACUAAGUGAGCACCUUGAUGAUGACUGCAAAAUAUGUAAAUAUAUUUGAUCACUUUUAUUAAUCUCCAUUUAUAUUUAAAUGUAAAUUGGAUUAAAUAUGAGUUAGAAUGGGGCGAGGAACAAUAUAUUUGCGAGAGACAUUCUUUAGGCUGUCGUUGUGAAAAGUAAAAUAGUAACAUUUUAUCAUAUGUAACUAACCUCAUGGUUGAUGUUUGCAACGUGGUCUGGACAUCGUGAGCUCUGGUGAAUUUUGAGAAUUAAGCACAGUACACCUGCUUCACAACAGAAAGACAACCUUAAAAUCUCUCUGCCUUUCUGAUUCAAUGAGGUGCUAUUGAUGUGUUUGUGUGGAGGAGCACAGUCAGGCAGGCAUCACACAGUGCUGUAAUGAACACCCCAUUCUUGAAAACAGUCUGAACGAACGCCUUGAAGUGGACACAUUUAGUACCUUUAUUCCUGUUUCACCAUUGAUUUAAAACUUGUUAGGAAGUCCCUUUCUGUGCAAAUCAUAUCAUUGCAAACUACUGUAUUUCGUCUGCUACUCCCGGUAGAUUGGAGUUGCUUGCCCCCCAGUAAAUCUUUCAGAACAAGAACCAGUUUUUCUGCUGUGUAGACACAUUGAAGGAUGUAUCAAUGGUACGUCCUUCUCUGGCAUGUGUAAGAGAUUGCUACCUUCUGAAUGGGUAUUGAGUAGUUUCUUAGUAGAACAUUAGGCAUGACUCUUGUUCACCGUAGCGGAUUUUGCCUGACUUGAUGAUUCACACUGAACUUUCUUGGUUGACAGUCUGGGCUUCAAGUGCUUUUUAACCUUGUCUUGUAAUUAAACAUCAAAGCUGAUGUACCUUAUCCGUACAUACAGGGUUCUUUCUUUCACCAGAAAGUGUUUUCUGCAGCCCUUGUCAAGUCAAGAUGACCUCUGUAACAUAGGCAUGUAUGUAGGUGGUGUUUUUGAGUUUUCUGCGCUGCGAUCUCAACUCUUUUUCUGUAUUGUGUGCGCAACUCCUCCCAGUUCAGCUAUUCUGCUCAUCUUUGAAAAAAUGGGUCCAUGCAAAUUCACACCUUUUGACUUCUAUGAAGCAGAUAUCAUUUUGUUUUUCAACUUGGUGGAUUCCUUUUCUCUUUUCAAAAAAAUGGAUCCAAAUGUCACAUUCCGUCGUCUUGAUUCUAGAUGAUUUUAUUUUGCUUGUUUUCUGGGCACAAUUUGACCAAUGCAAUAUUUGGAAAGUAAUUUGUUUGACAGAGACAUGUGUAAAUAAGUGUUUGUUUUGUACAAAGGCUUCCCAAUAGUGAUGUGAAGUGUUCUGUUCUUUAAAGCAUGUCAUUGGAGCAAUUUUCUUUCAAUAUCCUUUUUUGCCCAUCAGAGGGUGCCAUCUCUUCCUUGUAGUUGAUCUUUGCUGUGUGACCGUGGACCAUUUUAUUUACACAGUAACAUUUUAUUAUUUUCAACCCUUGAAAAGCAAUCUGACGACCACACUAGCAUCCACAUGGACAUCAUAGCAGAAACUGUACUCUUUGCCAGUGUUCAUUGUUCUCCAUGGUACAAAGACUUUCUUCAUUUAAAUGUAUACUGAAGAGGUGACCACACUGAAUUUGUAAACAUUUCUAUCUCUUGAAAGGGAGAUGUGUAAGAUGUCUCAAAGUAUACUGGUGUGCAUUGACUAAUAAGGAAAUAUGUUCUAAAUGCCUGAAUGGAGAGCUCAGUGGUUUACACUAUAAAUAUCUUCCUUCAGCUGUAGGAUGCCUGAUGUUUACCCCCAGCUGCACAGCCUCCUAAUGUUCCAUCAUGUGUGCCUAAAACUGCAUGGCUUCAAUGGAGUUGAACAGGCAGACGGGGGGUGGACAAUAUGCUUUAAACGUCUUAUUGUGCCCUUGUAUAUACAGCUCCAGAUUCAUCCUGAUAUGGUCUAAUUGUAUCUAUUUCACUGUCAGUUCACUAUGCACAUUUCUGUUUGUGCCCAGGUUUUAGCUGUGUGUUUGUCUGAGUGGGAAAGGGCUGACUUAGGAAAGGUACUAGAAAGAGGGUGAUUAGAUGGUUUCAAGUGUUCAUGCUUUCCUUUGUGUCUACCAUGAGUGUUUAUUUUAUAUUGUCCCAGAAUGCAGUGGGAUUUUUAUUUGUUGGGUAUGUGUCAUUUUUUGUUGUAACUAAUAGAAUAUGACAUUUAACAAAUAAAAUAUUUUAUGGUUUCUUGAAA